GUCAGCAGCAGCAGGAGGACGGGUUACACUGGCACUGACACUCACAUCCCACACUGGAUUUACCGGACUCCACCUGUCGCGAGCGCUCUGUUGUUUUUCCUGUCCGUGUCGUAAACGCUCUGACACAGCACGGCACGGCACGAGACACAAACACAGGAACGAGAGCUGGGAAAACCGAAAAGAACAUAAACAGGUGAAAUAAUGAGCGCUGCAGUUCUCUGAAGGAUUGUUCCAUUUGCCCGAGGACCGAAGAGGAAACAGAAGCAUAACCCCGGUGGAUGGGUUUUAUCCGCAGUGCCUGAGCCGAGCAGAAGAGCGGCCGAGCGGGGAGCACCAUGUCCAGACCGCCGCAGCCGCAGCAGCAGCACCGGACGCCGUUCAAGUUCACCGACAGUGUGGUGGAGGUCAAGAGCAAAUUUGAGGCAGAAUACCGCCGCUUUGCCCUGAAGAGGAACGGCCCGGCCGGCUUUCAGGAGUUCUACCGCCUCCUCCAAACCAUCCAUCGCAUCCCCGGUGUGGACGUGCUGCUGGGAUACGCCGACGUCCACGGAGACCUCCUUCCCAUCAACAAUGACGACAACUUCCACAAAGCUGUCUCGUCAGCCAAUCCGCUGCUCCGCAUUAUCAUAACCAAGAGAGAAGAUGAACCGGUAGUUUUUGCCACCAACUCCCUGCAGAGGCGUAAAAAGGGGCUGGGCUUGACCGGCCUGCGCACCCCCGGCUCAGGCUCCACCCACUCCAAGAACAGACCGGGCCUUAUGAUAGGUCUGCCGCAGAACUUCCGACAGAUCUCCUCCAUCAUCGACGUGGACAUCUUACCCGAGACACAUCGGCGGGUACGACUGCACAAGCACGGUACCCACAAACCCCUGGGCUUCUACAUCCGGGACGGCGUGAGCAUGCGGGUCACACAGCAGGGCGUCGAGAAGGUCCCGGGGGUGUUCAUAUCCCGUCUGGUGCGGGGGGGGCUGGCAGAGAGCACGGGGCUGCUGGGAGUUAAUGACGAGAUCCUGGAGGUCAACGGCAUCGAUGUGGCAGGGAAAUCUUUGGAUCAGGUUACAGACAUGAUGGUGGCCAACAGCCACAACCUCAUAGUGACGGUCAAACCCGCCAACCAGAGGAACAACGUGGUGCAUCGUGGGAGCAAAACCUCAAUGGGCAACUCAGGUUCUGUGGGCUCAGCCGGAUCGAGCGGCUCAGCUCUGUCACACGACUCGCCAAGCCCCGCCUCUCAGAGCAACCCCAUCACUGCGAGCAACAGCAUUGCCGAGGGCGACAGUGACGACGACGAUGACGACGGCGACCUGAUUCUGGAGAGUGACUGCCUGACGCCCUACGACUCCCAGCGGGUCGCCAACGGCAACAACACCAACCUUAACAGGGACUCCCCGGGGGUCAGGCCCCUCCCACAGAGCGUCUCCUUGCCCAAUAGCGUCGGAGCGUCCCUGAGCGAAAGCUCGCUCGUGUCCAAUCAGAACGGAAACCCCGCCCACACACCCAGCAGCAGUCAGGAGAGCAUGAGAGAGGACGGCAACGUCAUCACACUGUGACACGGCUGGGACUAUGGGAUGGGCUGUCACCAUGACAACCGCGGAUGGCCGUGCUCCCGUCAGCACGUUUCCUUUUAAAGACUCACAGACCGUUCCUGUGGACAGGUGAGGCUCUGUCAGCCCUGGUGCAUCAUGGGGGUUUCCCAGUCUACGGUGUAACAACACUGACUCUUUAUGUGGUUUAUGAGGUCAGCUGUCAGGUUCCAAACAAGGAUUUAGAGUUGCCAGAGGGAAAUGAUUCCAAUGCCAUCAUGUUUGAACACAAUCUCUUCAGCUGUGACUCAGAAUGAAAAUCUGCAGAAUUUAGCGGACUGUUUUUCUGCUUGGGGUGGAGAUGUGUUUUUGUUUUUUUAAAUUUGAUUCUGCAGAUGCCGUGUGGCCCUGCUGAUGUGCAAAUGAAGCUUCAUGAACCAUCAGUUUCAUGAAGUAUCUUCUGAGCCCACUAGGGGGCGCUCUUGGGUUAAAGAAAAAAGGUUUAACAAAUGGCCACUCAGUGUGCUUUAACCGUUUGUUGAACAGAGAGCGCCAUCUAGUGAGCUCAGGAAGUAAAGGGAAUGCUUCAUGAAGCUUCAUGUAGACAUCAGAAACGAUCGAUGUAGACUUUGAGAAAUGUCAGAGUGUUAAAGAGAUGAUCUCUAUCCCAGGGUUGCACCAGUCACAAACAUCCCGUUAACUGCAGGAUGGCUGACUCGUUGACUACAACGAGACAAUGAAAGAACAAUAUCCAGUGAAACAUUAAUGGCUCUAUGUUCUUGGCAGCACAACAGCCAGUGGCAGCAGCAUGACGAGAGUUUGCUAUUUCCCUGACUCUGAAACUCUCUCUGCUCACGUCUGUUUCUAGAGCUGCUAGUCUGGGGAUUUCAUCAACAGGAGCAAAGUCAGUACGGUACUUGUAGCAAAUGCUCAGCAAUAAUGGAGUCAUCUUUAAGAAUCAAACUAACUACUACUUGCUUUUUAACAACUCAGUUGUAAAAGGAAAGUCUAAAUCCCUGCAGACGUGAAGGCAGCAGGACACAUGUUGACACAUCUGCAGCCUUUGAUUGGAGGAAGUGGUACUCAGCUGUUUCAGAGCUAUGAGAGCAGUGAUGGGAUUGGCUGAGAGUGUAUUACUAUAGACUCAACAGCAGAAUAGAGCCCUAAUUGUAUUAUUAUAAAUCACAUAAUAUAUUGAAGAAGGGGAUUUAAUAAAGGGAUUAAAUAAUA